AUGUUCUACAACGGCGAUUUACAGAGUGGCAUUGCGCUCGCUGUCGAGCAGGCAAAGCCGGUGAUAUGCUUUGUUCGAGAUGACGGAGAGGAAAGCGCUAAAUGGGAGAACGAAUAUCUUGGGGACGAAGGAGUUUCCCAAUUGUUAACGUCCAACAGCAUAGCACUGAAACUGGCUGCCGGUUCUCAGGAAGCAGGGUUUCUAGCCUCAUUUUGUCCAAUCAAUAUAGUGCCAACAAUUGUUGCGAUAAAGAACGGUCUUCUUCAGGAAUACAUUGUCUCAGGAACGAGCGAAGAUGAGCUGAAGAAACGGUUGAAAGCUGUCCUCUUCCCAGUGGACCCAUCCCAACGACAGCAACUGCCACAGACACCAGGAGCAAUGGCUCAGGCAUCCCAUCAACUCCCAAAUCCUUCGCUGGAGCCUCACGAUCGUAAUACCGCAAUCCCAGUUUCCGAAACACACGAUGAGGAAAGCCUCCCAGAAUCUACAAGACGUGAGGAGAUACGACAAGGUAAGAGGCGUGCUGGCUUUCCGGAAACAGCACCCGAAUCUGCGGCCCCUGCGAAAAAUACCCAGCAAGCCUGGAGACAGCAACAAUCAAACAGGGCGCGGCAGGAGAGAGAAGAAAGAGAGCGUGUCCUGGCCUUGAUACGAUACGACAAAGAAGAGCGCAGAGCAAAGGCGGAGCGUCAAAAAGAGCAGCAAGCUCCACAGCAAAAUACUCAGAAUGCCCAAGAGCAUAUCAAAGUAGCCGCACGAGAGUCAGUGUCUGAGUAUCGUCUCCAAAUUCGCCUGUUUGAUGGCGGUUCUAUUCGGUCGAAAUUUGCCCCUGAGCAGACUAUACAAAGCCACGUACGCCCGUGGAUUGAUAGUCAGCGCAGUGACGGAAACACGCCGUAUAAUCUUAAGCAAAUACUAACCCCACUUCCAAACAAGACUAUAUCCAUUUCGGAGGAGGGCCAAAGUCUCAGCGACCUUGGCUUAGGCCCGACAGCUAACCUUGUUAUGGUACCCGUACAAACCUACACAGAAGCAUACGCAGGCUCGGGGUCUUCACUUCCGGUUCGAGGUUUGUAUGCCGGAUAUAAUCUAGUAACCGACACGGUUGGGACAGUUGCAGGUGCCCUAGGCUAUCUCCUUGGUAUCGGGCAGACAACACCACAUCCGACCGUGGAGCCUAACCAAGCGGGUCCCGUAGCAGAAUCAACCUCAUCAAUUGGGGGUGGUGCAAACGAUGCCCGUAACUCACGCUUGCCUCGUUCCAAUAAUGUGAGAACAUUAUACGAUGAACAGUCAAACCAUGGGAAUCAACAGUUUUACAAUGGGAAUCAGCUAAAUUUUGAACCACGAAGAGAUCAAGGCAAAGAUGACUAG